UAAUAUUUAUUUAUUUUACAAUGAACUGAUUUAUGCUGAUUCUAAACAAUUUGAAUGAAUGCAUUUUGAAAAUAUGAUUAUUUAAAUAAAAUCAAAUAGACGCAAAUAUUUAAUGGCAUUAUUUUUAGAGUGCAGAAAUCUGAGCUGUUUUAUGAAUGUAUGACUGACAAAUAUGCAUCAAAAAAUGUAUUAGUUUGUUCAUGUUAAAAGUGUGGAAUACACACAGAUUGAAAUUUAUACACAAUUCAGAUAUAUAAAUCUUAAAUUCAGGCCUAAAUAUGUGUAUUCGCUCCUCCUUAAAUCCAUUCUGGAUUCUUAUAUCCUAUGCUACUGUAUUAUUUGAUUUUUAACAUGCUAGUACGCAGAGAAAUGGUGUAAACCUGAGCAGGGCGGGUCCGGGCUGCUAAAGAUGCUCAUUUGCAAUGCAUAUUGAAGGCGGGACGUCCUGCCGGCUCAUUUGAGCCGAGUUUCCCCGAAGUCCUUCAUUCUCACCGGGGACAAUGAGUUCAGGACUGAAGCUUUAGACCACAUUACUGUGGUGAUCCGUCCAAAAUGAACCGAAACCGCUACACGCUUCAGGAACCUGAUGUCAAAGAGUAUCUGGUGAAGGGAGACAGGUUCACAAAAUGGAAAGAAGACUCCAAGAAAACCACACCGGUCACCAUGAAGAUGGAUCCGAAAGGAUUUUACCUGUACUGGAUCAAUCAGAGCAAGGAAAAUGAGUUUCUGGAUAUUGCCACCAUCAGGGACACACGAGCCGGGAAAUAUGCCAAGCUCCCUAAACAUCCAAAGGUUCGUAACGUCUUCAACAUGGAUUUUCCUGACAGCCAUCAUCUGGCCAAAGCGCUGACCAUCGUGACGGGACCAGACACCGUCAACCUCACAUAUCACAACUUCUUUGCUGCUAAAGAAGUGGCCCAGAUGUGGGCAGACGACAUCCUGGCUAUCGCAUAUAACACACUGAGAGCAAACGCCUGCAGACAGUUCUUCCUGGAGAAAGUGUAUGUCCGCCUCUCAUUGCAGACCAACAAAGAUGGGAAAAUCCCUGUUAAAAAUAUCUUUAAGAUGUUUCCAGCAGACAAGAAAAGGGUGGAAGCUGCUCUAGUCGCAGCAAAUCUCCCGAAAGGAAAGUUCGACACCAUUAAACCCGAUGUGUUCACUGAAGCGGCCUUCAAGACCUUCAUACUCCAUCUGUGUCCCAGACCUGAAAUCAAUGAAAUCUUCACGUCCUUCACGAAAGGAAAGGGUUUCAUGACGAAGGAGAUGCUGACCAAGUUUCUGAACGAGAAACAGCGAGAUUCCCGUCUCAACGAGGAGCUGUUUCCACUCGUCAGACCCGAACAGGUGAAGAAUCUCAUCGAGAAAUACGAGCCGAGCUCGUCCAACGCCAGCCGCGGUCAGAUUUCUCCAGAAGGGUUGAUGUUUUAUCUGAUGGGAUCUGAAACAUCAGUGGUGAAACUGGACAAACUGGCCCAGAGUCACGAUAUGACCCAACCCAUCCCACAUUACUUCGUCAAAUCCUCCCACAACACCUACCUCACAGCGGGGCAGCUGACGGGCGUCUCGUCUCCGGAGAUGUACCGCCAGUGUCUCCUCGCCGGGUGCCGCUGUCUGGAGCUCGACUGCUGGAAGGGCAAACCUCCGGAUGAAGAGCCAAUCAUCACCCACGGCUUCACCAUGACAACCGAGAUCCUCUUCAAGGAUGUGAUUGAAGCGAUCGCUGAGAGCGCCUUCAAAACAUCCAAGUAUCCUGUGGUCCUUUCCUUUGAGAACCACGUUGAUUCAGUCAAGCAGCAGGAGAAGAUGGCCAACUACUGCAGGACGAUCUUCGGAGACGCUCUGCUCGUUGACGUGCUGGACAAAUAUCCCCUGAAGCCGGGUCAUCCGGUGCCGAGUCCGUCUGAGCUGAUGGGUAAAAUACUGAUCAAGAAUAAGAAAAGCAGCGCACCUCCCAGCAAACCAGAACAGGCCAAGAAAGCAUCCGGUCCAGAGCAAGCAAACGCAUCUCCGGACGACUCCGAGUCCAACCAACCCACCGAUCCAAACCAACCCGCUCCAACUAACCCAGAGAGCAGCGACCCGCCGCAGGCAACCGAUGACCGUGAAGAACAUGAUGACCACGAUGAACAGGACGAAGAGAAGAUGAAGAACUCUGAUGAGGGAACCGCUGGACAGGAAGUGACGGCGUAUGAAGAGAUGUCAGCUCUGGUCAACUACGUACAGCCCAACAAAUUCAUCUCUUUUGAGAACGCAGCCAAAAAAAACAAGAGUUUUGUCAUCUCUUCCUUCGUGGAAACCAAAGGAGAGAGUCUGAUCGCUAAGAACGCUGUGGACUGGGUGGAAUAUAAUAAGAGGCAGAUGAGUCGCAUCUACCCUAAAGGAACCCGUGUGGACUCUUCUAACUACAGUCCUCAGCCCUUCUGGACCGCCGGCUGCCAGUUUGUGGCGCUCAACUACCAGACUAUGGACUUCCCCAUGCAGCUGAACAUGGCUCUGUUUGAGUUUAACGGCAGGACGGGUUACCUCCUCAAACACGACGUGGUCCGUCGCAGCGACAAGAAGUUCGAUCCCUUCACCGACAGGAUUGACACCAUCAUCGCCAGCACUCUCACCAUAAAGAUUUACUCCGGUCAGUUCCUGUCGGAAAAGCACGUGAAAACCGGAGUGGAGGUCGAGCUCAUCGGUCUGCCCAAAGACCCCAAACGCAAAUACCGCACCAAAUGGAGCACGACGCCCAACGGCAUCAACCCCGAGUGGAACGAGGAGCCUUUCGUCUUUGAGAAGAUCUUGCUGCCGGAGAUGGCUUACCUCAGACUCGUGGUUCAGGAGGAAGGAGGCAAGUUCUUAGGUCACCGAAUCAUUCCACUGGACGCUAUGCAGACCGGUUUCCAGCACAUCUGUCUGCGCAGCGAGAGCAACAUGCCGCUCACGCUGCCGUCUGUGUUCGUGCACAUCGAGGUGAAGGACUACAUCCCCGCUGCAUUCGCUGAUUUCUCGGAUGCACUCUUCAAUCCAGUGAAGACUUCAAAGCCGCCGAAGACUGAGAGUUUAACAUACGUGUGUGAAUAUGAGUUACCUGUCACUGACGGAGCACAGACGGUGGCCACUCCUGCACCUGCCGCAGAAACAAAGGCUGCAGAAGAAGCUCCAGCAGAGGGCGACGCUGCACCUCCGGCCGAACAGACUCCGGCUCCAGAACCAGCCAAACUAGAGGAAAAACCAGAACCUGAACCCAAACCAGAGGAAAAACCAGAACCUGAGCCCAAACCAGAGGAAAAACCAGAACCAGAACCUGAACCUGAACCAAAACCAGAAGAAAAACCAGAACCUGAACCAAAACCAGAGGAAAAACCAGAACCUGAGCCCAAACCAGAGGAAAAAACAGAACCUGAAGCCAAACCAGAACCUGAACCAAAACCAGAGGAAAAACCAGACCCUGAACCAAAAGCAGAAGAAAAUUCAGAAGCUGCUGCAGCUGCAGAUGCUGUCGUCACGGAGACCAAAGAAUCCACUGAGGAAACCCCAUCUGAUCCAUCAGAUCCCACCACUGUGACCUGUGAAGAACUGCAGCAGCACAAGAACUUCCUGAAAGUCGCCAAGAAACAGGAGAAAGACCUGAAAGACAUGGAGAAGAAGUUUCAGAAGAAACGAGAAGAACUGGUUCAGAAAUACAGCGACCAGUUCAAAGCCUUGAAGAAGAAGAGCACGGGCAAGAAGUCUGGAGAUGAUCCAGGUGACCAGAUUAAUGAACUCAAGCAGAAGCUGAAGUCGGAGCUCAGGGCUCUGCUGGUGGAGCAACACGAUCAAAUCAAGAAGAAGAAAGAACAAAACAACACUGAGCGUAUGACCAAACUCCUGGAAAUGGCCACAGAGAAACGUGGUUUGAACGUGUGUGUGUGUGUGUGUGUGUGUGUGUGUGUGUGUGUGUGUGUGUGUGUGUGUGUGUGUGUGUGUGUGUGUGCUGAUAACGCAUGUAAUAUCACACUCUUUCAGUCGGCAGAUAACAGCAGCGCUGAUGCUUCACCGCAGGAACAGAGUCUGAAGAAGAAACAGGCUGCUACACUGGGCAGCAUCAGAGAACUGAUCAGUCAGCUGAAUAAAGACACCGUGGCCGAACACGCCAAGAACAUGUGGUCUCUGCCCGGUGACCUGUCCGAAGCCAUCAACUCCUGCCUCCAGCCACAUUUCCCAGAACAUGUGGAGAAAGCCGGGGAGAACCGCUCCGAAAACACCGGACAGUACAACCAUGUGUUCGUAGGAUGAAGGAAUAACAGGAGUUCGACUUAAAUAUUCGCCGUUUUAAUUUAUGUGACACUUGUUUGUAUUUUAGUAUACACUGUGUUCUUUUCAUUAGGUGAGACAAUACUAAAGACGUGUUUGCUUUAAUGCGAGUUAAUACUCAACCUCACAGAAACAUCCGGUGAAAAUGAUAAGGCUGUCACAAUUCCUCGAUUCAGUGCGGGUACUCAAUUUUAAGGUCCAUUCUAAUUAUCACAAAGAAAAAAAAAAUAUUGUAAUUAUCUGAAUACUCGAUUAAUCGUCAGAAUACUCAAUUACCGAAAUUAUUGUUAGUGACAGCCCUGGAAAAUUAGUGUAUAUAAUGAAAAGUUGGGCCAGGGCCAUAUUUCACUUCAAAAUAAAAAGCAAAAAAUAAGAAAUACAUUUUGCAUUAAGAAAAUUAAUAUUUGUAAUC